AUGAAGGUCGUCGCUGUGCCCGUCAGAGAUGACAACUACGCAUAUCUGCUCAUCGACGAGCCCUCGAAGAAGGCUGCAGCAGUUGACCCUUACGAUGUGACGCGCGUGUCCGCGGCAGCGGAGGGGAUGGGCGUGGAGAUCGUCGCAGGGAUCACGACGCACCACCAUUAUGAUCAUGCUGGGGGAAACAAGACAUUUGCCUCGACAUUCCCUGGUGCACCCAUCUACGGCGGCAGCCAACAGGUGGAAGCAGUAACCAACAUUGUCAAGGACAAGGACGAGUUCACCAUCGGUGAGAAUACGCACAUCAAAUGCCUCGCCACCCCUUGCCACACCCAAGACUCCAUCUGCUACCACGUCACCGACAAGACCGGUGCGCACCCCGGCGGGGUCUUCACCGGCGACACCCUAUUCAUCGGCGGCUGCGGGCGCUUCUUCGAGGGUACCGCGGACGAAAUGCACAAAGCCCUCUCCUACCUCGCCACUCUCCCCAACGAGACGGUCGUGUACAACGGGCACGAGUACACCGCGGGGAACGCCGCGUUCGCGCGGAGCAUCGACCCAGAAGGCGCGGGCGUGAAGCGGCUGGUGGCACUGGCGAAGGAGAACAGGAUCACGACGGGGCAGACGACGAUUGGGGAUGAGAAGGAGUGGAAUGUGUUCAUGCGCUUGGGGGACGAGGUGGUGAAGAAGGCUUCCGGCGCAGCAUCCGGAGAGACUACUGCUGUCAUGGAUGCGCUUCGGAAUGGGAAGAACACUUUCAAAGGGUGA